UUUUUUUUUUUUUUUUUUUUUUUUUUUUUUUUUUUUUUUUUUUUUCAAAUUAUGGACCUCUUUUCGUUUCCGGGACUAAUAACCGAGACCAAACAGGACAUAUCCCAUCCUGAUUUAUAAUUGUCACUUGACCAUUACAUAUGGCCUAGCCAACUUUUAAAAAAUAAAACAGAAUUACAAAAACAAAGUAGAUACAAAUACACAGGAAAAAAAGUGGUUCGUGUAUACAUUUUAAGAUAUCUUUAAUAAUGCAUAAAUUAGAAACAGAUAAUUUCAUGUACAAACUAAAAAACUUUACAUUAACUUAGUGCUAGCUGGAAUUCUUGCAAGAAUUCAAUUGGUAUCUGCUUGGUUCAUUACACUAUCAAUACAUAUGGCGUAUUUGGCCGAUUUUUACAUACUCGUUACAAAAUUUCUCCUAAUAUAUGCAAAACAUGCCUAGUGCACUCAUUUUUAUAUUAAACUUUAAUUACAAAUGAUACAAAAAGAAAAAAAGUGAUUGAGGCAACUCGGUUUUACACAUCAAAAGGUAAAUAAACACAUUGUAACGAUAAUUAUGACAAAAAGUAUGUUUUAGUUUAAAAAAUCGUAAUUUAAAAUUGUGUAAAACCGUGACCUUUCCAAGUUUAUUACGAAUUGUUAAAAUAUGGUAAUAUUUGCUUAAAAACAAAUUAAAAAGUCGUAAUUUAAUAUAACUAUUUACAUAAAAAUGAUUAUCUGUUAAUUUAAUUUAAUUUAAUUAAAAGUAAAGUAACCCAACCUUAUUAUUUGUUGCUUUGGAAUCUUGGUGGGGUGCAUAAAAGUGAAAAAGGAAGACUAGUGGCUCCAAGCAAAGAUUGAAACCGCGUGUGAUAAUAAUCAUCGGUCAAUAAAGAAGAUAUUGCGGAAGUUGCGGCAUGAUUUCCUGGUAAUAAACUAAAGAGAAGAGCAGUAAUAAUUGGAUCAAAACUUAUCACCCUCAACAUCUUUGACCUCAACAUACUUGAAACUCACAAACAAAGGGAAGGUCUCUGGUCUGAGUAUCUGGGUGCUGUUUCUUUUGAGCAACUAUAUAUUUUAAGUCAUCUUCGACAAAACAUACCUCCAAUGGCGUCGUCUUCUUCAACAUCAUCAAUUAAUAAGAGCUAUCAGUAUGAUGUGUUUUUGAGUUUCCGUGGUGAAGACACGCGUAAGAACUUUGUGGAUCACCUUUAUGAGGCUCUUCACCGACACGGUAUUCACACUUUCAAGGACGACGAGAGACUCAAACAAGGAGAAGGCAUCAAUAACCAGCUUUUGAAAGCUAUUGAAGAGUCAAAGUUGUUCAUCAUAGUUUUCUCAAAGAAAUAUGCAUCUUCGUCUUGGUGCUUAAAUGAACUUGUAAAGAUUAUGGAAUGCCAAAAGUCGAACGACCAGAUUGCUUACCCUGUUUUUUAUGAUGUGGUUCCCUCUGAAGUUCGCAAACAACAUGGGCCGGUUGGAGAAGCCCUUGCCAAACAUACAAAUAAAGACAUUAGGAAAUGGAGAGAAGCUCUGACAGAAGCAGCCAAUCUGUCUGGGUGGGAUUUAGAGAAAACUGCUGAUGGGCACGAGGCCAAAGUCAUCAAGUUAAUUGUUCAGCAUAUUUCACUUGAGUUGCGGUCAAUCAAUGUGAACCUUGAUGAUAAAUUAGUAGGCAUGGAACCCCGGCUACAGGACCUUGAGGAGUCUUUAGAUAUAGCGUCCAACGAGGUUCGCAUGAUAGGGAUCAAGGGGAUGGGAGGUGCUGGUAAGACCACACUAGCCAGAGCGGUGUUUGAUAGAAUAUCGGUUCACUUUGAAGCUAAAUGCUUUGUUGAGAAUGUCAGAGAAGUUUCAAAGGCGUCAUUGUCCGGUUUGUUGUCAUUGCAACAAAAGAUCCUUUCAGAACUGCUAAAUGGUCAAGGAAACAACGUAAGUAGUGUUCAUGACGGGACAAACAUGAUGAAAACAAAGCUGCGUGGUACAAAAGUUCUUGUGGUAUUUGAUGAUGUGGAUCAUCAAGAGCAGCUUGAUGCAUUAGCUGGUGAUCUUAAUUGGUUCAAGCCUGGAAGUAGAAUUAUCAUUACAACAAGAGAUCAGCAAGUGUUGAUACCACAUAUAGUGAAAUGGAUUCAUGAUGUCACUCUAUUAUCAGAUGAGGAAGCGAUUGGCCUCUUUUGUAAGCACGCAUUUGGGAAAGAUCUUCCAAUUCAAGAGUAUGAAAAGGAAUCACUACAAGUUGUACGAUAUGCUGCUGGCCUUCCCUUAACAAACAAAGUUUUGGGUUCAUUUUUGUGUGGUAAAGACAAGGAUGAAUGGAAAGACGCAUUAGAAAGACUCAAAAGAAUUCCGUUGAAAGAGACUCUUGACAAAUUGGAAUUAAGCUAUGAAAGUUUGGAGGAUGAUUACAAGGAAAUAUUCCUAGAUGCUGCAUGCAUAUUGAAGGGGUGGGAGAAAAACAAAGUAAUAAGUAUGCUUGAAAGUUGUGGAUUUCAAGCUAGAAUUGGUUUAAGAGUUCUUGAGCAGAGAUCUCUAGUAACUUUUCAUGAUUAUGGUAAUGGCCCUCGCUUGAGCAUGCAUGACCAUAUUGAAGAAAUGGGCAAGAAUAUCGUACGUCGUUUGCACCCAGAUGAGCCCAACAAACAUAGCAGAUUAUGGAUUCAGGGAGAAAUUGAAAAUGUAUUGGAUACUGACUUGGGUUCUGAAUCGACAAGGUGUAUACGUCUAGAGCUCACCCCUAAUAUUGUUUUGGAAAGUCUUGGAAACAUGAAGAAUCUACGAUGCCUUAUUGUAGAUGAUCCUAACGAUUGUGAUGACGUUGUGAAGAUUGAUGAAGUCAGUCAAUACUUCCCAAAUGCAUUACGAUACUUGACGUGGCAUGGUUACCCUCAUUGGUGUUUACCCAAAACCUUUCAAGCAAAUAAUCUUGUUGAGCUUCACAUGUCUGACAGCAGAAUCGAACAACUUUGGGUGGGGGGAAAGGUUCUUAAGAAGCUCAAAUCCAUUACACUCUCCCACUCAAACUUGAAGACCCUUGACCUUGGGUUGACUCCGAAUCUUGUGAGGCUAGAUCUUCGACAUUGUGAUGAUUUGGUAGAACUUCAUGUGCCAGUUGGAUGUUUAAAAAGGCUUACGUACCUAAACCUUUGGGAUUGUAAGAGGUUGAAAUCUGUUUUGUUUAUCAAGGAUUUGGAAUCACUUGAGUUUCUUAAUGUAAGUGGCUUACAUCUAAAGGAGUUCCAGAAUAUAAUCCUGUGCCACUCCAACAGUAAUCUGCAACAGCUUGAUUUCAGUGGCAAUGAUGUAGAAAACCUACCUUCAUCAAUUGGAAAUCUUCAUAAGCUUGUUUAUCUAUCAUUCAGUUGGUGCGAAAAACUCAAAAGUCUUCCGGGAAGCAUUUGUAGUUUACAACAUUUAAGAGUUCUUAAGCUUAGAUUUUGUGGCAUAGAGGAAUUGCCUGAGGACAUUGGCCAGUUGGAGUGUUUAGAAGAGCUAGAUUUAAGACGUUCAAAAAUUAAACAUCUCCCGGAUAGCAUUUGUAAGUUGAAACAUCUUAAAACUCUCAUUCUACAAGGUUGUAAAGUUUGUAAGUUACCCGAGAAUUUUGGUCAAAUAGAUUCAUUGAAUAGACUAGGUCUAACAUCAACCAAGAUAAGAGAUAUUCCACCCAGCAUCUGUAAGCUAAAGCAUCUCAAAGUGCUUGACCUUUCUAAUUGUUCUGAACUUGAGAAAUUACCAGAGAACCUAGGAGAUUUAGAAAGUUUGAAUAGACUAGAUCUAACAUCAACCAAGAUAAGAGAUGUUCCAUCCAGCAUCUGUAAGCUAAAGCAUCUCAAAUUUCUUAACCUUUCUUAUUGUUCAGGACUUGAGAAACUACCAGAGAACCUAGGAGAUUUAGAAAGUUUGAAUGCACUAACUGUACCAUCAACCAAGAUAAGAGAUGUUCCACCCAGCAUUUGUAAGUUAAAACAUCUCAAUUAUCUUUACCUUUUUGGAUGUUCUGAACUUGAGAAAUUACCAGAGAACCUAGGAGAUUUAGAAAGUUUGAAGACACUAGAUCUAACAUCAACCAAGAUAAGAGAUAUUCCACCCAGCAUCUGUAAGCUAAAGCAUCUCAAAUAUCUUGACCUUUCUUAUUGUUCUGAACUUGAGAAAUUACCAGAGAACCUAGGAGAUUUAGAAAGUUUGAAGACACUAGUUCUAACAUCAACCAAGAUAAGAGAUGUUCCAUCCAGCAUCUGUAAGCUAAAGCAUCUCAAUUAUCUUAACCUUUCUAAAUGUUCUGGACUUGGGAAACUACCAGAGAACCUAGGAGAUUUAGAAAGUUUGAAAAAACUAGAUCUAACAGAUACUCCUAUAAGUCAUCUUCCCGAUAACAUUUCUUUGUUGAAAGAUAUUUAUAUUAGAGGAUACGAAAGAAGAAUUGAUCCAGAUGCAAUUCUAUUUCAAGAACAACAACAUAUUACAUUUGCUCCCAAAAGGAGAAGGGCCACUACUGAAGCAACAACAAGCGAUGCAGGUGACAAGGUUAAAGAAUGAAAGAUGGAGGAUCACUAAUGAGACUUUGUGAAAGGCUAGAGCGGGGAACAAGUGGAAGCUGGAGGGGCAUAUUGAAACUAGUCUUAAAUCCGUGUUAAAAACAUAUAACAAUCAUUCUACUGUUGACAUUUGUAGUGAUUUGCAACCAGUUUUGGAAACGAUUUGAAGGAUGAACUAAACAAAG